AUGGUGGUGGUGGCUGGUUCAGCUGGUCAUGUUGAUGAAAAUGAUGAUGGUGAUGGUAGCGAUGAUGGCGAUCUGAAUGAGAUGAAAGGCGACCUAUUAAGCCUGUUUAUUCUCUCCAUUCUCUUCCAGUUCUCUCAAGAGAGGGAGAGUCGUGGCGCCGAGAAACCAUUAUGCAUAGAGAAAUGUGUCAGCUUAUGUCAUUUCUUCCCUAACUGA